GGGCGACCCAGAGCGAGACCCGUGGCUUCUGAGGAGAACGCCGCGGCUCGAAAGAAGAACGCCGUGGCUCUGGUUCAGGAGGCCGUGACCCAGACGGCUGUGGUCCAGAAGGCCGUGGUCCAGACGGCCGUGGCUCAGAAGGCCGUGGCUCAGAAGGCUGUGGCUCAGAAGGCUGUGGCUCAGAAGGCUGUGGCUCAGAAGGCCGUGGCGCAGAAGGCUGUGGCUCAGAAGGCUGUGGCUCAGAAGCCUGUGGCUCAGAAGGCUGUGGCUGAAACCACGGGGGGCUCAAGGAGCGACGAGCCGUCGCGGGUAGCGUCCGUGACAGGGGCAGGUGGUGAGGCGCCCGUGAUGAUGGCAGAUAGUGAGUGGCAGGCGUUGGGAGCGUCGAGUGACCCUGCGGUGGAGGAGGCGCAGGCGUUUGUGUCGGAGACGAUAGCGAGUUUCAGUCGGCCGUGUGCGAACACGUGUGCGGCGUCGUCGACGCCCAAUCUAGUAUCGUCAGUGACGAUGCGUUCGUUAGAGGCUCGGAUGAGGCCGGUGCGGCGGGUGCCGGCACGAUUCUCUGCGUGGCGGUGGGGUGUGCUUGCGGGCGAGGUAUACCGUCGGACGGACAGAGGACAGAUGGCGGCAUCGUUGGCUAGUUGCGAGACGAAGUUGGGCAGGCCGGCCGGUGUCAGUGACGUGUGGUACCUGGCGAAGUUGUUGCAGCAAAAGUUAGGCCAUCAGUCGGCGUUGCGAUUGGCCAAAAAUUUAGGCUUGAAACUUGAGGAAGGUGCAACGAGUGUAUUUAUGUUGCAAGACAUCGUUAUGGAGCGUCACUUCGUCGGCUUACCGCCCACGAGCGAUGCGGAUCGUAUGGUUAUCUGGGCUGUGGCGGAGGUGGUGAGCUGGCUCUUGAAAACCCGGGCUUACCACGCAAACUAUGGCCGUAUCCUCCGUAACCGAGGUCGACGCUGGGCGUGCGUCGAUUCCUUCGCCAUCGACCUCUGCGCUUUCCUCCACAAGCUCCUCGGCCCCACACGUUUCCACCAACUGGCCCAAGUCGCUCGCAAAGUUCUCUCCUCUGUCAAAAAGAAAAUGUCUGAUGCCUGCUUCCUCGCCUGCUUUCUUGGCGCCGUCAACCUUGUCGCCCCCUGCGUCUCUCGCACCUUCUGCUCACACAUCGGCUUCCCUCGCAACCACACUGACGGUGCCUGGCCCGUCACCCUCGAGGGCGCCGACUUCUUCGGACGCAUACCCGUACACACCGCAUGCCCCAAACACACCCCAGAGUCCCAGACUGUGGCCGCACACUCUGUAACCGCGCCCACCGUGGAGACUGUACACCCCGCGGUCGCACCACGAAACGGAGCGGAGACGCCAGAGACUACUCCGGUGGCAGAGCUGACGGCUGCUACUCAUUCUGCUCUGGCACUGUCAAUGAUUUUACACGAAGAUUUGGCUCUGUCGGGAUCGGCUCUGUCGGGAUCGGCUCUGUCGGGAUCGGCUCUGUCGGGAUCGGCUCUGUCGCGGCACCCGGCAGCAUUCCAUGAACGGGCAUCACCCGAAGUAGUGGCAUGCGGUAUCAAUGACUCCUGGGUGAGUUUGGAUCCACGGAAGCGGAGCAGAGUGGAGGACGACGAGCAUCCUGAAGCUAAACGAACUCCGUGA